AUGAAUUCGACACCAGAAGGCCCCAACCCGCUGAGGCCUUACUACGUGCCGUCUCCCAUAGGGCUGUCCGAUAGCCAUGCCGCAUCCAAGGUCGUUUCGAGCGCGGCAGCAGAGAAUAUAGCGAGCUUUGGGACGUCCGCGCGGGAUAUACUGUCUGAUUUUGACUAUUCGGACUACCUGGGAGACUCCUCGCCGUCGGUGGCAGAGUCCAUCAAACAGCUAUUGGAGAAUGCAGCAAGGCGAUACUCGCGGGUUUUGAUGUCACAGCCAUUCGAGGUCGCAAAGACGAUACUACAGGUUUAUGUUGCCGAAGAUGCUGCCGCCGAAGUGGCAGAGGAGAGGAGAAAGCUGGAAAGGCGCCGAAUGGAGCAAGACGAAGCAGAGAAUGUAUUCGGUUCGGACGAUGAGAAUAGCUACUUUACUUCUGCUGCGCCUAAUGCGUCUACAUAUGCACCGUCUUCUAGGGGUCACCAAAAAGCUCCUCAGCGUGUAACUGACCGGGCUGGGUACAUACCACAGAGUGCUCAGCCAAAGUAUAUGCUGAAGAUAAGGGAUUCGUCAUCUAUGCUUGAUGUGCUAUCUCAACUCUGGACCACUAGCGGACCAACAUCAAUAUGGAAAGCUUCAAACACUACGUUUAUAUAUUCGAUACUCUUGCCUACUCUAAACACCUUUGUCCGGAGUCUUCUGUCUGCUAUUCUAGGCUACCCAGAAGAUUCCUUUUCCUCCUUUCCGGCCAGUGAUAUCCUAACAUCAACCUCACCAGGCACAGAUUUGAUACUCUCUUGCCUCUCAUCUGCUCUUUCAGCAAUAAUCCUAUCGCCAAUUGAUACCGCGCGAACCUAUUUAAUUCUUACACCACACGGCCGCGGAUCCCGUUCUCUCCUCCAUUCAAUCAGGCUUCUUCCAUCUCCCAGCUACAUGAUUUCACCCCAUCUUCUACCUAUUACCAUCCUUACAUCGACAUUACCGAAUCUAAUUUCUACCAGCGCCCCUCUUUUCCUAAAAUCAUAUUUGUCCCUUGACCCGACGCUUAACCCUUCUACAUGGAGUCUUUUCAGCCUUAUGGCCCAAGGCCUUGAGUUAACUGUGCGAGUACCCCUGGAAACUGUUCUCAGACGGGCACAGAUAGCGACCUUCACCUCUCCUGCUCUUCGCCGGCCGGGCGUAACAUACUCAGCCCCAAGCAUACCAUCACCUACCUCCAGUGGCCCGCCUACAACAUUGGAAGAAGCAUCGUCAAAUUCAAAUACUCCCUUGCCUACCAUUGUUCCAUCUCCCCAAAGCUAUAGAGGAAUUAUUGGCACGAUGUGGAAUAUUAUUUAUGAAGAAGGCACAAACCCAACACCCACGGACCUACACACGGUAGAACAGGUUCUCGGCCGUUCUCCCCAGGUAGGCAGACAGGGAAACCGGCAAAUCCAAAAACUUCGCAAAGGACAAGGCAUUCAAGGCCUUUACAGAAGCUGGAGACUUGAGAUGUGGGGUAUAGUUGGGCUCUGGGGAUCUAGCUUCCUUGGAACUCUUUUGAGCGGUGAAGAGGUCGAUAUUGCGCCUGAUUCUAUGGGCAAAAUGUCUCUUGGAUCCACUGGAGGCCAUGUAGGGACCGAGAAGGGUGCCUUCUAA